UUCAGCUGUCACAGACAUGUCCUUGUAAUGUUUUUUGUUUAUUAUUAGGACUUUUAUGUAAAAAGUUAAUUUUAUUAAUUAAGUGCGUUUCGAUGGUGGUGUUUCCAAUAAAGUGAUAAAGUUUAGCUGUUGUAAGUCCAAAAAUGUCUGACGAAGGAAUUGAAUGGUUAAGGGAUAUUCUACAGGAUGUUCAGUUAAUCCAGUUCCUUGUACCAAUAAGGGAUGAUUUACAAAUUACCCGUUUGGAACACUUUGACCAUGUAAAACCCGAAGAUUUAGAAAACAUUGGAUUAAGUCGGCCAGGGGCUCGAAGACUACUGGAGGCAGCUAAAAAGAAAAGGGCUCAACAGAAAAAAAGAAACCUGAUAAACAAAUUAAUUCCAGUAAACAGAAACGGAACUAGCAAAAGAAACGACGACAAUUUAUCUCUGAGUGAUUUUACAUCAUGUUUAAUUGAAAAGAAUCAUAUUACACUAUCUGUAAAGCUAGGUGAUGGAUCAUUUGGAGUUGUGAAACGAGGAGAAUGGACAAAUCCAGCUGGCAGAAUAAUUCCUGUGGCUGUAAAAGUGUUAAAGGCAGAUGCGCUAAAUCAGCCUGGUAUUUUCGACGAUUUUAUAAAAGAGGUGCAGGCUAUGCAUGUGCUUAGUCAUCCUAAUCUUAUCAGAUUAUAUGGAGUGGUUUUAUCCCAACCCAUGAUGAUGGUGACGGAAUUGGCACCUCUGGGUUCACUACUAGAUUAUUUAAGGAAACAGUGCCAACACACUCCAGUGCCAAUGCUAUGUGAAUACUCCACCCAGAUUGCCACUGGAAUGGCAUAUCUGGAGAACAAAAGGUUUGUGCAUAGAGAUUUGGCUUGCAGAAACGUCUUGUUAUCUGCAGUGGACAAGAUUAAAAUCGGCGAUUUCGGACUCAUGCGCGCGCUGCCUCAAGAAGAAGACUGCUACGUGAUGACCGAACACAAGAAAGUCCCUUUCCCGUGGUGCGCCCCGGAAUCCCUGCGAUCCAGGCAGUUCACCCCGGCCUCGGACACCUGGAUGUUCGGCGUCACCGUUUGGGAGCUGUUCACCUUCGGCGAAGACCCGUGGAUGGGGCUGAUCGGAUCGGAGAUCCUGCGCAAGAUCGAGAAGGACGGCGAACGGCUGCACCAGCCGGAAGCGUGCCCGCCGGAAGUGUACCGAAUCCUGCUGCAGUGCUGGUCGCGCGACCCGCAGGACCGGCCCACGUUCGCCGCGCUCAAAGAGUUCUUCCGGAAGAACGCGACGCCGGUCGUGAAGGCGCUCGGCAAGCAGGACGACCCCGAUCGGUUGAAGGUCAACGAGGGCGACGAGAUCGCCGUCAUAGACGGCGGCGCCGAUCUCUAUUGGUGGAAGGGCCAGAAUCUCAGGACGUUUGACGUUGGUGUCGUGCCGCGCUGCCUGGUGGACCCGAUGCGCCCCAAGCAGUCCGAGGACAUCAGCAAGCCGCUGCACAACUCCUUCAUCCACACGGGCCAUGGCUCGGCCUUCGGCGAGAGCUGGGGCAGCCCCGCCUUCAUCGACGACAUGUACCUGAAGAACCCGAUGGAACCGCCCGAUCUCAUGGGAAUGAAGAGGGAGGUCAAACCGUCGCCGCAGCUGUGCGAUCGUAGGAAAUCGCAACCGCAUAAAGCUAUCAAUGGCUCUCUACGAAAAUCGUCUGACAAACAAUUUCAAUACCGAAAACUAUCCAACGAAAGCACCGUAUCAAAUAAUAAGCAAGCAAGCAAACCGAAGAGGCCUCCACAACCGAAAAUCGACAGCACUAGGGAGGGGGUGUUGGUCGACAUUUCUCCUGAAGAGCUGCAAUUGUCGAAGAUGAUGAUUGACAACGGGAAAAUGACCAAAACCGGGUCGUUGUCUCUAUUAGACGAACCUAUUGACAUGCCCCAAGACGAGGAUUACUGGUCCGAUAGACCGCCGUCAGUUGACAGCGGGCCGCCUCCGUUAAACAGCGGCCCACCCCCCUACCAACAACCGCCCUCGUACUACAACACGUCGGCCUUCUCGCAAAUCGACGACCCCUUCGACACCUCCAACGUACCGAUCCCGCCGUCGGAGGCGGCCAGGCCUUUCCCCCCCGCCGCCCCUCAGCUCGCCAUCGCCCACCCGCAGCAACCGCCGGCCGAGGCGAACGCCCUGAUGGACAACCUGCAGCGGUUGAAGUCCAUGAGCACGAGGCGGGAGGGUCAGUACAUACAGAGCGACAUUUCGAACAGGAUGUCUUUCAUACACACGCAAACCGACAACAACAUAGCGGUCUCGAAGAGCGUGACGGCGGCGCGGAAAGAUCUGGCAACAGCGGUGCACAGCAAUGUGACGAAUGGGUUGAACGGUGUAUCGUUGCGAGAGGAGCCCAGUAAGGAGUUUAUAGCGGAACUGGAAACGUAUUUGUUGGGCAACGGUAAUAUACCAACGAAAACGCCGACCACCUCCAACGAGAUUCCCGUGUUGCAACCACCGCCGCCGAAAAAGAACAACGCUGUCAGCCCGUCGAAAAACGCGACUCUGCCCAAAGUACAAAACGGCCCCUACUCGAACUUAACGGAGCAAUACUCGAAAAACUACGAUGCGACGGCAGGACACAACGAGACGGAAAAGUUGGUGAACAAAAUCUGGUACGACACGAACAUCACAGCGAAAGAAACGAACCGCCCCCGCAGCGACCUCUACGUGGUGAACUCCGAGCUCGGUCAGUUCAAAAGCAACAGGCGCUACGACCCGGUCUACGAGCCGUACUACAGCACCACGUCUCUGCACAAUAACGCGGCCCAGGGCGGCGGUUUCUACGAGGCGCAGUCCGUCUACAACGGAGAUGCCCGCCGAGAGUCGUUUUAUUCGGAGAUCGACGAGGAGAGCCGGUUGUACAGUCAGGUUCCCGACGAGACUUUGCGCCCUCACAGGCCCGCCCCCCAGCAUCCGCUCAGUAUGCAGCAGAUACAGAGGAAGAUGCAGCAGGGACAGUUAAGCGCAGACGCAGAGCGACUUAUGACAUCCGAGUACCGAAACAACAAAGUAAGCCUGGUAAAGGAGUGCGUGCAGGACAUGCCUACCGAGGAGUGUCUUUCCAAGUUGCAAGCUAACGGAUGGGACGUAAAUGCCACCAUCAAAAACAUCAAACUGGACAAACUGCUCAAGUUGGGCAUGGCAAAUAGGACUCAAUGCGAGGCAGCACUGCAGAGGACCAACUGGAAUGUAGAAUUGGCGGCAUCUGCCAUACUCGACACAUAAACAGGAAAGCUACUGACUAAAUAUCUUAGACUUAUUACCCUUAUUAAAUCCAAUUAAAUGUGCCAAAGAAAUGACAAAAAAAAUCAACCAUUUAUUUAGAUCUCUUUAAGAAUCUCCAGGCCAUACGUAUUAUUUACAAUUAGCGAAUACUUUUAUUAUCAUUCCGCUAUAAAAUUUGACAAAAUUCUUUCUCCAAUUAAAUAAUAUUUACCUUUUAGUUGACAUGUUUAUUUACAACAUGUUUUUAAGAAGAAACCAACUUUUUCCCUCUAUUACUAACCAAAUAAAUGCAAUAAAAAUGAACAAUUUAUGUGAUAAUUUCAUGUAGCAACGGAAUCCCAAUUUUACUAAACAUGUAUAUAUUUUAGGCAACUCACUUUAUGUAAAUAAUUAGUUCUUAUUAUCACUCAAGUUUUAGAUCUUUUAGACCUAAUAAAAAAGUUAUUUUUCUAUA